GCCCCUGCCUCCUCGCUCCAGACUGGUUCGUAGCCCAAGCCCGGGGCCGAUGUUGGAGCUACCCGGAGCCCGGGCGUGCGCUGGGGCGCUCGCGGGCGCUCUCCUGCUGCUGAUCUUCGUGCUGGUGGUCCGCCAGCUGCUGAGGCAGAGGCGACCGGCGGGCUUCCCCCCGGGUCCUCCGCGGCUGCCAUUUGUCGGCAACAUCUGCUCCCUGGCCUUGUCGGCCGAUCUUCCCCACGUCUACAUGAGGAAGCAGAGCCGGGUGUAUGGCGAGAUUUUCAGUUUAGAUCUUGGAGGCAUAUCAACUGUGGUUCUAAAUGGCUAUGAUGUAGUAAAGGAAUGCCUUGUUCAUCAAAGUGAAAUUUUUGCAGAUAGACCAUGCCUUCCUUUGUUCAUGAAGAUGACAAAAAUGGGAGGCUUACUCAAUUCCAGAUAUGGCAGAGGAUGGAUUGAUCACAGAAGGUUGGCUGUUAACAGCUUUCAUUAUUUUGGAAGUGGCCAAAAAUCUUUUGAAUCUAAAAUUUUAGAAGAAACUUGGUCUUUAAUUGAUGCUAUUGAAACAUACAAAGGUGGACCUUUUGACCUCAAGCAACUGAUAACAAAUGCUGUUUCAAACAUAACUAACCUUAUCCUUUUUGGAGAACGAUUCACUUAUGAAGACACUGAUUUUCAGCACAUGAUUGAAUUAUUUAGUGAGAAUGUGGAACUAGCUGCCAGUGCUCCAGUCUUCCUUUAUAAUGCAUUUCCAUGGAUUGGCAUCUUACCUUUUGGGAAACAUCAAAGACUAUUUAGAAAUGCAGAUGUGGUCUAUGAUUUCCUCUCCAGACUUAUUGAAAAAGCUGCAGCCAAUAGAAAGCCUCAAUUACCUCACCAUUUUGUUGAUGCCUAUUUAGAUGAGAUGGAUCAAGGUCAAAAUGAUCCUUUAUCUACAUUUUCCAAAGAGAAUCUAAUUUUUUCAGUGGGUGAACUCAUCAUUGCUGGAACUGAAACUACAACCAAUGUGCUCCGCUGGGCAAUUCUUUUCAUGGCCCUUUAUCCUAAUAUUCAAGGACAAGUUCAUAAAGAGAUUGAUUUAAUUAUGGGCCACAACAGGAGACCUUCUUGGGAAUACAAAUGCAAAAUGCCUUAUACUGAAGCAGUUUUACAUGAAGUUUUAAGAUUCUGUAAUAUAGUUCCACUGGGGAUUUUCCAUGCAACUUCUGAAGAUGCAGUUGUACGUGGCUAUUCCAUUCCUAAAGGCACAACAGUCAUUACAAAUCUUUAUUCUGUUCACUUUGAUGAAAAAUACUGGAAAGACCCAGACAUGUUCUAUCCUGAGCGAUUUCUGGACAGCAAUGGAUAUUUUACUAAAAAGGAAGCUUUGAUUCCUUUUUCUCUAGGGAGAAGACAUUGUCUUGGAGAACAGCUGGCUCGAAUGGAAAUGUUCUUGUUUUUUACAUCAUUACUUCAGCAAUUUCAUUUGCAUUUUCCACAUGAACUAGUUCCAAAUCUGAAACCCAGGUUGGGCAUGACAUUACAACCCCAGCCCUACCUCAUCUGUGCAGAAAAACGCUGAAAGUGCAAAAUGUAUUAGAGAAUAACCUUGUUGAAUCAAUAAUGGUGUUUGGGCCAAAGCCACAUUUUUAUAAAGCCAAGUAAACACAAAUACACUGUUUAAAAUAGUACUAGAGCAAUAACAAGCAUUAAUUAUGUUUUUUUUAAACUUCCAUGAAUUCUUAUUGUAGAUUGAAGAGCACAAAUGUAUAGGUGUUAUGAAGACACUUAGAAGGGCUAUGGAUGCUCUAAACAAAGCUCUUGCUAGGAUAAGGUUCUUCUCAUCUGUCUCCAUCCUAAGGUACUUUACUCCCUAACUAACACCCUUAAUGGUGAGGUGUAUUCCACCACACAUACACAUAUAAAAAAUAAUAGAAAUAGUCUUUUUUAAAAGUAGGAAGAACAUGUAUUUAACUUUAAAUUGUAUUAUCUGGUAAAAAUUUCCUAGUUCGGUGGUUCAAAUUAGGAGUUUUUGGUAUCUGAUGUAUUAAGAUAUUUCUAGUUCCAAGGGAAAGAAAAUCCUGGGCAAACAUACCAACAAAUGGAAAUUUAGAGGUAAUAUGAAAGGAUUAAAGUUGGGAUAGCAUAGAUGA